AUAUAAGGGCUGGUUCAAUUGCUACGUGACAGAACAAAAAGGAGUUCAAGGCUCGGCAGGAUCUCGACGAAGGAAAAUGCGUGGUCCUCGGUACCCCCAACGCCCAAGUAUGCCAUACCACUCCCUUCUCGACUUGCAAUAGCGAAGAACGACGGAGAGAAUUUUAGAAUUCCCUCCAUAUUAGUCUUCCUUUCCUUUCCGUGGACGGCAGCCUGGGCUUGCAGCGAUGGAAUGACUUCACUCGGCUCGUCGGGUCUGAUAAGGCAUUGAACAUGAUAUGUCUUAACCCACAACUACAUGUCUGGUGGGGAAAGGCGUAUUUCGGGUUCGAAUGUCUCGGAGUUGUUUAUGGACCUUCUGGUGGGGACUCGAUAAUUCAACUUCGACUCCAUUGGCUGCCAAAGGCCGUUCAACAGUGGAAGCGCAACGAACGCGAUGAAGAUGCCCUUCGGAAAUAUCUCCUGUUACGUAGAUCGGGAGAGCUACGUAGGCACUGAGGUUGCUUCUUGGGAGCAACGGAAAGUGGGAAGAAGAGAGUGAAUU